UCUCGAGGAAAAAAACAAAGGAGAGGAGCACAUGCCGCGCGCGUGGACCUCGCUCGCUAGGAACAAGUGCUCAUAGCUAGACGUGGAGAGUUCCGUGUCGAGCACAGAUACAAACUGCUUGAGAGCUCGGAUUGUCAGUCGACGUGUGAUCUGCAGCGGCUCUAGAUCCACCAUGGCGCCGGGGCUCGGUUUCUUGAAGGCUGUGGCGCUGGUGCUGGCGCCGGUCGUGCUCGCCGUCGCGCUGUACAGCCCCAGGGACUUCUCGCCGGCGCCGAUGCCGCCGGAGUACACGUACGGGCCCGUCGUGUCCACGCCGCGGCACGAGGCGCGCGCGCUGGGGGGCAGCGAGCGCGUGGGCGAGGGCCGGCUCCCUGGCCCGGAGGACCUCGCGUACGAUGCCGCCGGCGGGUGGCUGUACACGGGGUGCGCCGACGGGUGGGUCAGGAGGGUGAGCGUGCCCGCCGGGGACGUGGAGGACUGGGUCCACACCCGCGGCCGCCCGCUCGGCAUCGCGCUCGCCGCGGACGGCGGCCUCGUCGUGGCCGACGCGGACAUCGGGUUGCUGAAGGUGAGUCCGGACAAGGCUGUGGAGCUGCUGACGGACGCGGCGGAGGGCGUCAAGUUCGCGCUGACCGACGGCGUGGACGUCGCCGCCGACGGCACUAUCUACUUUACGGACGCGUCGUACAAGUACAACCUCCAAACCCACAUGACCGACAUCCUCGAGGCGCGGCCUCACGGGCGGCUCAUGAGCUUCGACCCGUCGACGGGGCAGACGGCCGUGCUCGCGCGCGACCUCUACUUCGCCAACGGCGUCGCGGUCUCGCCGGACCAGAGCUCCCUUAUCUACUGCGAGACACUGAUGAGGAGAUGCUCGAGGUACCACAUCAGGGGCGACAAGAGCGGCACGGUCGAGAAGUUCGUCAACAACCUGCCGGGAUUUCCCGACAACAUCCGGUACGACCGAGAAGGCCGCUACUGGAUUGCACUGUCCGCGGGGAGGACUUUUCAGUGGGACAUUCUGACGAAGUACCCGUUCGUCCGGAAGCUGGUGUACCUCGCCGAGAAGUUUGUGGCAGUUCCCCUCGGGUUGAAGAACUCAGGGGCGAUGAGCGUGACGCUGGACGGGGAGCCGGUGUCCAUGUACACCGACCCGGGGCUCACCCUCGCCACCGGCUGGCUCAAGGUCGGCAAGUAUCUGUACUACGGGUCGCUGACGGAGGCGUACAUCAGUAGGAUCGACCUCACCAAUUCUUCAGCGGAAUUCCAUGAGUGAUCCGCUGAUCCUUCUUGUUUGAAUUGCUUGUUCUGAUAGUACUUAUGGGUUGUUGCGUGCAAAUUUCUCCCCAAACGAAAUCCUAAAAAAUAAAAGAAGAGAGAAAGCCA